AUGCCUAGAGGGUGCCUGACCUGUGCGCAGCCGCAGGCGACGUUGCUGGCUGGCUUCUGUGUUUCCAGAGGCAGCCAGGCACAGCGCCCAGUUCCGCUUCAUGCAGGCCUCGCACGGCCGUCCUGGCCAAAAGACGACUUCAGGCCUUUCUUCGUGUCCGCGGCGCUGAGCGCAGGGAUUGCGUCCAAAUGCCAACGAGCGAGGCGGGUGCCACACCAGGCAGUUGCCACGGCGUUGGAAGAGGACGAGGCGCCAUCCUUGAGGAGGGCCAUCUUCGUUUGCUUCUUGGUGGCCAUCUACGUGUGCUGCGACGUGCUGGUCUACUUCCGAGGUGAGAUGGCCUCAACAGGCUACUACAAGGCCACAGUGGUGAUUCUUACCUCCAGCAUCAGCGCUUUCAUCGGCUCGGUGGGCAGUGCACAGAGGGAUGGGACCAGGAUCGUUCACGGCCAAGAUGCUCAGAGUUGUGUUUGGAGGUGGCAGGUGAGUCUGAAGUCUGUGAAGUUCGGUUACCAGCCCUUCUGCGGAGGCAGCUUGAUUGCUCCGGAUUGGGUGCUCACUGCCGCGCAUUGCCUCAAAGAUGUGAGCCAGUACGACUUGAGAGUUAGCGCAGGUGCCUGGAAGACCGCGUCAUACCGGGCAGUGGUGCGACGCGUCAAGAAGGUGUCGAUACACCCCAGCUAUGGCCGGCAAGCACCUCACGACUAUGACUUCGCCCUUUUACAUUUGGACAAGCCUAUGAUCUGCCUUCCCCAGACGUCGGAGAAUCCGGGGGCCCAGUGCAGCAUCACGGGCUGGGGCACGCUGCAGUCCGAGGGCGCCAGGCCGGAAGUGCUUCAGGAGGCCCGGGUGACUUUGCUGCAGCGCAGCCAUUGCGAGGCCGACUACGCCAAGAUGCGGCAAGUCAUCACUUCGUCCAUGCUUUGCGCGAACGGCCACUCGGGCCGGGGGAUCACCGACACUUGCCAGGGUGACAGUGGGGGGCCUUUGGCUUGCCAGGCGAACGGCAAGUACGUCCUCCAGGGAGUCACCUCCUGGGCCAACGGCUGCGCAUCCGCAGAGUUCCCAGGGGUCUACAGCCGAGUGCUCAGCGCCAAGUCAUGGAUCGACAAAGUGCUCUCUCAGCCAUCAGAACCAUCGGAGCCAUCGAAACCAUCGGAACCAUCGGAACCGGAGCAGAGCUGUCCAUGCAAGGGGACAGACGGACGCUGCUACAACUGCGCCGGAAGUGAUGGAUAUUGUUACCAGUACGAUUGCGGCUCUUAUUGCUCCAACUAUGCAUGCGCCAAACCGGAUCAGGUCUGCCCUUGCUUGGGAACCGACGGAAAUUGCUAUCGCCACGAUUGCGGCUUUUACUGCUCCAACGAUUGGUGCUAA